AUGACAAAGUAUAAUCCCUGUGGAACGUGCGGAUUCUAUGAUCACGUAUUAUUCCAGCAAGAUGGAGCAGUUGGACAGCUCCUCAGGCGUGGAUCGAUGUUCGUGUACUCCUCACAACAGUUUGGCGCAUUGCUGGAACUAACGAUAGAGGAUCGCUUACAUUCGUUGCUUGAUUUGGGUGCUGGUGAUGGAAUGGUAACAGCGAAAAUGGCACCUUAUUUUGAGCAGGUUUACGUAACCGAAUUGUCUCAUACGAUGCAAUGGAGGCUUUCCGAACGUGGUUUCACUGUUAUUGAUGCCGAUGCUUGGUCUAAAGUUUCCGAAGAUCCAGAAUCCGGAUCGGGUUGCUAUGAUGUCGUGAGCUGCUUAAACGUGCUGGAUCGUUGUGAUGCGCCUAUCACUAUGCUCGAACAGAUCAGCCGUGUGCUCAAACCUGACACGGGUCGCUUGGUACUCGGCAUCGUUCUACCGCUGAAGCAAUACGUUGAGAUCACCGGGGACAAAUGCCCCUCUGAGGUGCUCGAAGUAUCCGAUAGCCACAUCUGGGAAGUUCAGUUGAACAGUCUUGUGAGCAGAGUGCUGAAGCCAGCUAAAUUCGAGGUUCUCCGAUGGACACGAGUGCCGUAUUUGUGUGAAGGCGAUUUCACCCAAUCCUUCUACUACCUCAAUGAGGCUAUAUUGGUCCUACGUUAUCGAGGUGGCUCGCGUCGGGAAUCCCAAACAAGCUGA